AUGGAAGGCAUUCAAGCGACCGAGGCCAUCCAGCCUUACUCCAGCAUGGCUGGAAAGCUGGACCCCAGACUUCUGAAGGCCCUAAACGUCAUGGGCUUCAAUGACAUGACCCCCGUUCAACACCGUGUGUUGACGGAGCUUCCCAACUGGCGCAGUGACUGCCUCGUUCAGGCCAAGACAGGCACAGGAAAAACGCUGGCUUUCCUCCUCCCAGCAUUGCAUUGCUUGCUCAACGGAAACACACCCCCCAAGGGCAAAGUCGGCAUCUUGAUCAUCACACCAACUCGAGAGCUUGCACAACAAAUCGCAAAGUCAUGUGAUCAACUAACAUCCCAGCUGGAAACACGCCUUGAAUGUCACAUCGCCGUCGGCGGCACUGCCCGCGCUUCGGCUCAUACGGCGUUCAUGAAGGGCUCACCUUCAAUCCUCGUGGCCACCCCGGGACGACUGACCGACUACCUCUCUGAGACUCCUACUGCCAAGAAGCUCUCCAACAUCCAGACCCUGGUUCUGGACGAAGCUGACACUAUGCUGGAGAGUGGUUUCAUUGCGGAUGUCAAGCGAAUCCUCCAACUGAUUCCCCAAAAGAGCACCGGGUGGCAAGGAAUGUGCUUCUCAGCCACUGUUCCUCCCAAGGUGAAGGACGUGGUCAACGUUGUGCUGCGAAGGGAUUACACUAGCAUUUCCACCAUCGACCAGAACGAAGCACCGACACACGAGAGAGUGCCCCAGUACUCUGUGUUGAUGCCAUCCGUCAAGGAUACCUUCACCACGCUUGCCUCUCUCCUCAAGCACGAAAUCAAGAAGAACUCAAAGAAGAUCAUUGUUUUCGGAGUCACCGCCCACAUGGUUGCUCUUCUGGCUGGAGUGUUCUGCAAGGGUAUGGUUCAUCUGAAGGUCUUUGAGAUCCACUCCCGACUCAACCAAGGCGCUCGCACACGAACCACCAACCAAUUCAAGGAGGCCGAUGCUGGAAUUCUGUUUGCGUCCGAUGUCAUCGGUCGUGGAAUGGACUUCCCCAACGUCGAUCUGGUCAUCCAAGUUGGUCUGCCUUCCAACGGCGAGCAAUACGUCCACCGUGUCGGUCGUACCGCCCGCGCCGGUGCCGAUGGCCGCGCCAUCAUUCUCCUGACCGAAGGCGAGUCCUUCUUCAUGAAGAACAACCGCCACCUUCCCAUCAAGCCCCACCCCGACUCUGAGGCCAUCAACGCGGCCGCUCCCGCCCUCUCCAAGGCUGUCAUGGAAGCCAUGUACACCAUUGAAGAAGAAUCCAAGCAGCGCGCUUACUCCUCCUUCAUUGGGUUCUUCGCUGGAUCCGGUCUCCUGCGACAACUGCGCCUCGACAAAGCUGGCUUGGUCCAACUUGCAAACGAAAUGGCCGUGAAGGGUAUGGGCUGCCCCGAGCCACCCCCAAUGGACAAGAAGGUCAUUGGCAAGAUGGGAUUGAAGGGAAUCCCGGGAUUCACCUACGCCGACCCCAAUGACUCUGACCGCAAGGGCGGUGGCAGACAACGCAGCCGUUCUCAAACCGGUCGUGGAGGCCGCAACAAGAGCCGCGAUGCACUCAGCCCUGGUGCUGGUCGCGGAGACAGAGGUGGUGUUGAGAAGAAGCGCGGCGGAGGUCGUGGCCGUGGUGGCCGUGGUGGUGGUCGUGGCAAGCCGAGAUCCUAA